AUGACGAUCCUGGCCACAGCUGGCACCGACUUCGACCUGCGAACGCUGCGUGCUGUGCGCGUGCUGAGGCCCCUGAAGCUGGUGUCCGGAAUCCCCAGUGAGUCUGGCAAAAGCAGUGGGGCUCGAGCCUGCCCGGAACACCACCCCCGGGCCCCCCCUGGCCACAGCCAGUUAGGCCUCCAACCAUUCCCAGCAUUCCCCACCCUUCCCUCCCAGGAUUGCCUGCUCUUAACUUCCAGAAUCUUCCGCUUUUCCCCCUCAGAAUUCUCUCAUCUUCCCUGUCAGGACUCUCUGCUCUUGCUCUGCCCUGAGCUCUCCAUAGAUCACAGAUCUCUCCAGCCCACACUGCUCUGGACUUUAUCCUCUGACCCCCCAGCACCCUGCUGCUCACCUUCUUUCCGACACUGCUCAGCCCCUUCCCCCCAAGACCCAGGGGUUUGUCCCCCAACUCGAGCACUCUCUGCUCUGCUCAUACGAGCACCAUUCUGUCCUCUGUUCCCUAAGACUUUGUGCUUCCCCCCAGGCCCUGCUCUGUCCCCUACUUUGAAGGUUCCCAGCUCUGUCCUUUGUCCCCUGAGUAUCACUGCGGGGCACCUUGCACAGGACUUUCAGCCCCGCCCAUGCCAGCUCCUGCUGCUCUUCUGCACUCCCAGGCCACUCCCGGUUCUGCCCACUCUGCUGUCUGACCUGCCCUGCUCUGCCCGCUCUGCCCCAGGUUUGCAGGUGGUGCUCAAGUCCAUCAUGAAGGCCAUGGUCCCACUCCUGCAGAUUGGGCUGCUCCUCUUCUUUGCCAUCCUCAUGUUCGCCAUCAUUGGCCUGGAGUUCUACAUGGGCAAAUUCCACAAGGCCUGUUUCCCCAACAGCACAGAUGCAGAUCCCACGGGUGACUUUCCCUGCGGCCCAGAGCCCCCCGCCCGGCUGUGUGAGGGCGACACCCAGUGCCGGGAGUACUGGCCAGGGCCCAACUUCGGGAUCACCAACUUCGACAACAUCCUGUUCUCCGUCCUGACGGUGUUCCAGUGCAUCACCAUGGAGGGCUGGACCGACAUCCUCUACAAUACAAAUGACGCGGCCGGCAACACGUGGAACUGGCUCUACUUCAUCCCUCUCAUCAUCAUCGGCUCCUUCUUCAUGCUUAACCUGGUGCUGGGCGUGCUCUCUGGCGAGUUUGCCAAGGAGCGCGAGCGGGUGGAGAACCGUCGGGCCUUCCUGAAGCUGCGCCGGCAGCAGCAGAUCGAGCGGGAGCUCAACGGGUACCUGGAGUGGAUCUUCAAGGCCGAGGAAGUCAUGUUGGCCGAGGAGGACAGGAACGCAGAGGAGAAGUCCCCUCUGGAUGUGCUGAAGAGAGCAGCCACCAAGAAGAGCCGGAACGACCUGAUCCACGCAGAGGAGGGCGAGGACCGCUUCGCAGACCUUUGUGCCGGGGGGUCCCCCUUUGCCCGUGCCGGUCUCAAGAGCGGGAAGACGGAGAGCUCAUCGUACUUCCGCCGGAAGGAGAAGAUGCUGCGGUUCCUGGUGCGGCGAGUGGUGAAGGCGCAGAGCUUCUACUGGGCAGUGCUGUGCGUGGUGGCGCUGAACACGCUGUGCGUGGCCAUGGUGCACCACAACCAGCCCCAGCGGCUCACCACGGCGCUGUACUUUGCAGAGUUUGUUUUCCUGGGUCUCUUCCUCACAGAGAUGUCCCUGAAGAUGUACGGCCUGGGGCCCCGGAGCUACUUCCGGUCUUCCUUCAACUGCUUCGACUUUGGGGUCAUCGUGGGGAGCAUUUUCGAAGUGGUCUGGGCUGCCAUCAAGCCAGGAACCUCCUUUGGGAUCAGUGUUCUGCGGGCACUCCGGUUGCUGAGGAUCUUCAAAGUCACAAAGUACUGGAACUCACUGCGGAACCUGGUGGUGUCCCUGCUCAACUCCAUGAAGUCCAUCAUCAGCCUGCUCUUCCUGCUCUUCCUGUUCAUCGUGGUCUUCGCCCUGCUGGGCAUGCAGCUGUUCGGGGGACAGUUCAACUUUAAAGAUGAGACGCCAACGACCAACUUUGACACCUUCCCCGCCGCCAUCCUCACCGUCUUCCAGAUCUUGACCGGGGAGGACUGGAAUGCCGUGAUGUACCACGGGAUCGAGUCGCAGGGCGGAGUCAGCAAAGGCAUGUUCUCGUCCUGCUAUUUCAUCGUCCUGACGCUGUUCGGAAACUACACCUUGCUGAACGUCUUCCUGGCCAUCGCUGUGGACAAUCUUGCCAACGCCCAGGAGCUGACCAAGGAUGAAGAGGAGAUGGAGGAGGCAGCCAACCAGAAGCUUGCCCUGCAGAAGGCCAAGGAGGUGGCUGAAGUCAGCCCCAUAUCAGCCGCCAACGUCUCCAUCGCUGCCAGGCAGCAGAACUCGGCCAAGGCGCGCUCGGUGUGGGAGCAGCGGGCCAGCCAGCUGCGGCUGCAGAACCUGCGGGCCAGCUGCGAGGCGCUGUACAGUGAGCUGGACCCCGAGGAGCGGCUGCGCUACGCCACCACGCGCCACCUGCGGCCCGACAUGAAGACGCACCUGGACGACGUGGAGAAGGAGGCAGAGGAGAAGGAGGGGGAGACCCAGGACAGGGACAGGGACAAGGAACUCCGGAACCACCAUCCUAAGGAGCCAUGCGGGGACCUGGGGGACAGCGGGGCGAUGGCCGUGGGCCCCGUGCACUCGCUGCCCAGCACCUGUCCGCAGAAGGCGGAGGAGCAGCCGGAGGACGCAGACAACCAGCGGAACGUCACUCGGAUGGGCAGCCAGCCCACAGACCCCGGUGCCCCUGCGCACGUCCCAGCGGUGCCGACCGGCCCCCCCGCCGAGGGCACAGUUGUCCCCAGUGGCAGCGUGGACCUGGAAAGCCAAGCAGAUGGGAGGAAGGAGGUGGAGGCUGAUGACGUGACGAGGAGUGGCCCCCGGCCCAUCGUCCCCUACAGCUCCAUGUUCUGUCUGAGCCCCACUGCCCUGCUCCGCCGUUGCUGCCACUACAUCGUGACCAUGAGGUACUUCGAGAUGGUCAUCCUUGUGGUCAUCGCCCUCAGCAGCAUCGCUCUGGCCGCAGAAGACCCUGUGCGGACAGACUCGCCCAGGAACAACGCCCUGAAAUACUUGGACUACAUCUUCACGGGUGUCUUCACCUUCGAGAUGGUGAUCAAGAUGAUCGAUCUGGGGCUGCUGCUGCACCCCGGGGCCUACUUCCGGGACCUGUGGAAUAUUCUGGACUUCAUUGUGGUCAGUGGGGCCCUGGUGGCGUUUGCCUUCUCAGGCUCCAAAGGGAAAGACAUCAACACCAUCAAGUCCUUGAGGGUCCUGCGUGUCCUGCGGCCGCUCAAGACCAUCAAGCGGCUGCCGAAGCUCAAGGCCGUGUUCGACUGCGUGGUGAACUCCCUGAGGAACGUGCUCAACAUCCUGGUCGUCUACGUGCUCUUCAUGUUCAUCUUCGCCGUCAUCGCCGUGCAGCUGUUCAAGGGCAAGUUCUUCUACUGCACGGACGAGUCCAAGGAGCGGGAGCGGGACUGCCGGGGCCAGUAUCUGGACUAUGAGAAGGAGGAAGUGGAGGCCCAGCCUCGGCAGUGGAAGAAGUACGACUUCCACUAUGACAACGUGCUCUGGGCACUGCUGACACUCUUCACCGUGUCCACGGGUGAAGGGUGGCCCAUGGUGCUGAAACACUCGGUGGAUGCCACGUACGAGGAGCAGGGCCCAAGCCCUGGGUACCGCAUGGAGCUGUCCAUCUUCUACGUGGUCUACUUCGUGGUCUUCCCCUUCUUCUUUGUCAACAUCUUCGUGGCCUUGAUCAUCAUCACCUUCCAGGAGCAGGGGGACAAGGUGAUGUCAGAAUGUAGCCUGGAGAAAAACGAGAGGGCUUGCAUCGACUUCGCCAUUAGCGCCAAACCCCUGACGCGGCACAUGCCGCGGGACAAGCAGUCACUGCAGUACAAGACGUGGACGUUCGUGGUGUCUCCGCCCUUCGAGUACUUCAUCAUGGCCAUGAUCGCCCUCAACACGCUGGUGCUGAUGAUGAAGUUCUACGGCGCACCCUACGAGUACGAGCUGCUGCUGAAGGGCCUGAACGUGGCCUUCACCUCCGUGUUCUCUAUGGAGUGCCUGCUGAAGAUCAUUGCGUUCGGGGUGCUGAACUACUUCAGAGACGCCUGGAAUGUGUUUGACUUUGUCACUGUGCUGGGAAGUAUUACUGAUAUUUUAGUGACAGAAAUUGCGAACAACUUCAUUAACCUGAGCUUCCUGCGCCUGUUCCGCGCGGCCCGGCUCAUCAAGCUGCUGCGCCAGGGCUACACCAUCCGCAUCCUGCUGUGGACCUUCGUGCAGUCCUUCAAGGCCCUGCCCUACGUGUGCCUGCUCAUUGCCAUGCUUUUCUUCAUCUACGCCAUCAUUGGCAUGCAGGUGUUCGGGAAUAUUGCCCUGGAUGACGACUCCAGCAUCAACAGACACAACAACUUCCGGACGUUUCUACAGGCCUUGAUGCUCCUGUUCAGGAGUGCCACCGGGGAGGCCUGGCACGAGAUCAUGCUGUCCUGCCUCAGCGACCGAGCCUGCGACGAGCAUGCCAGCGCUAGCGAGUGCGGCAGCGACUUCGCCUACUUCUACUUCGUGUCCUUCAUCUUCCUGUGCUCCUUCCUGAUGCUGAACCUGUUCGUGGCUGUGAUCAUGGACAACUUCGAGUACCUCACACGGGAUUCGUCCAUCCUGGGGCCGCACCACCUGGACGAGUUCAUCCGCGUCUGGGCCGAGUACGACCCGGCCGCGUGUGGGCGCAUCAGUUACAGUGACAUGUUUGAGAUGCUGAAGCACAUGUCCCCACCGCUGGGGCUGGGGAAGAAGUGCCCUGCUCGAGUUGCCUACAAGCGCCUGGUCCGCAUGAACAUGCCCAUCUCCAGUGAGGACAUGACCGUGCACUUCACGUCCACACUGAUGGCCCUCAUCCGGACCGCACUGGAGAUCAAGCUGGCUCCAGCCGGCACAACGCAGCAUCAGUGCGACGCAGAGCUGAGGAAGGAGAUCUCCUCCGUGUGGGCCAAUCUGCCCCAGAAGACUCUGGAUUUGCUGGUGCCACCCCAUAAACCCGACGAGGUGACGGUGGGGAAAGUCUACGCCGCCCUCAUGAUCUUCGACUUCUACAAACAGAGCAAAACCAGCAGGGACCAGACUCACCAAGCCCCGGGAGGCCUGACCCAGAUGGGUCCUGUGUCCCUGUUUCACCCUCUGAAGGCCACGCUGGAGCAGACACAGCCGGCUGUGCUCCGAGGGGCCCGGGUUUUCCUUCAGCAGAAGAGCUCGACCUCUCUCAGCAAUGGCGGGGCAGUACAAACCCAAGAGAGUGGUAUCAAGGAGUCUGUUUCCUGGGGCACCCAAAGGACCCAGGAUGUGCCCUGUGAGGCAAGGAGGCCCCUAGAGCGUGGCCACUCGACAGAGAUCCCCGUGGUGCAGCCCAGAAAACCAGCUGUGGAUGUCCAGAUGCAGAGCAUGACCCUGAGGGGCCCUGACGGGGAGCCCCAACCCGGGCUGGAGAGCCAGGGCCGUGCGGCCUCCAUGCCCCGCCUGGCAGCAGAGACACAGGGUGGUGGCUCGGCAAACGGGAGCCCCUUGCUGUCAGCAUCCGGUGCUAGCACCCCUGGCCGUGGCGGGCGGAGGCAGCUCCCCCAGACCCCACUGACACCGCGGCCCAGCGUCACCUACAAGACGGCCCACUCCUCACCUGUCCACUUCGGGGGGCCUCAGACCAGCCUCCCCGCCUUCUCCCCCGGCCGGCUCAGCCGAGGCCUUUCCGAACACAACGCCUUGCUCCAGAGAGACCCGCUCAGCCAGCCCCUGGCCCCCAGCUCUCGGACUGGCUCCGACCCUUACCUGGGGCAGCGUCCUGACGGUGAAGCCACGGCCCACACCCAGCCCGAGGACACGCUCACCUUCGAGGAGGCUGUGGCCACCAACUCAGGCCGCUCCUCCCGGACUUCCUACGUGUCCUCCCUGACGUCCCAGCCCCACCCGCCCCGGCGCGUGCCCAACGGGUACCACUGCACCCUGGGCCCGGGCCGCGGCAGUGGGGCGCGUCUCAGCGCCCGCCACCCCGACCGAGACCACUGGUGCUAGUGCACCGGGCCAGUGGAUGAGUUUUAUCAUCACGCUGGGAU